ACCACCAAAGCCUUCUCCUCCGCUGACCUCUGCUCUUCCCAUCUACAUAUACACAAGAGAGAAUUCUCCACCGGCUGGCUACACAAAACCUAGCAACCGAGUCAAGUCAUGGCGCCUCAUAUGCAUGGAAAUGUCAAGUCUCUCUACCUUCUCACUAAAAAUGUGCUGAUAAAGCAUGUCGACUGUAUUCCUCCUCUUUUCCCCCCUCUCUGCUUUUCUUUUGGGCAAAGCUAAUUUUUGAUUUGAUACUAGUGAUCGACGACAUCGGAGACCUCCACUACGCACUUGUACGUCCGGUUCUUCUCAAGAUCACCUCUCCUGUACAGCUCGUAUGUUACCUAAUUCUCGCGCUGCCCCACCUUAUAUACGUCCCCAUUCGCCCUGCCGUUUACCCUGUCCUGCCUUGUCCAUUCUCUCCAAUACUAACGAUCUAACUGUAUAGAAAAAACUCGAAGAAAAUUGCCCACAAAUCCGUGGUGAAGAUAGUGAAAUCUGGAAAGCUCUUAUAGGGAAACACUUUGGCCAGGAUGCUCUUCACAAGAUGGAACUUGAGGAGCCAAAGAAUUGGAGUAAAGCCUAUGACGUACAUCACUUCCCUCUCCCUUUUUUCCGAACCCUCUAUCUAAUCUGUCAUUUUUUUCACAGAAACUCCAAAAAGCAGCUGAUGCAGCAGCAGCUGCUGCAACCGAGACCCUCCGCGCACAAAUGACUAAGAUGUCCUCUGCGAAGCAGCAAUCCCGUGCAAAGAUUCUAACCAGCACCGUCGGUCUCCCAUCCACCGGCCGCCCUAGAUCAUUCGGUGGGGGUGGAGGCUGGGGUGGGACGGGAAAUAGCUGGACUGUUAGAGCUGGCAGUAAAACCAAGAAUAUCAUCGAUAAGGCUCGUCGCGAAGCGAAGGAACUUAGUGUCUUCCGAGGUAGGAACAGCGUUCUUGCGGCGCCGACACAUACACUCAAGCGCCAGGAAGUCGAUAGGAAGAUGAAGGAGAAGAUAAUGAAGAAGAUGGGUGAUGCGAAGGAUAAAGAAAAGGGGGAAGGAGGGGAAGGAGGGGAGGGAGAGGCUGCUGGGAGGGGGAAUGAUAAUAUUGGUAAUAAGAGGGGAAGGGACGAUGCUGUCGGUGAUGAUGAUGAUAGAGGCUCAAAGUGGAUUUCCGGUGCCGACGGAAAGAAGAUUGUUGUUCCAAAGAUCGGAAGAAGCAAGUUUGUGAAUGGUGGCAGGGCCGCCUCUUCUCUGCCUUCUGCUCCUAUUUCCACCGCAAAUAUGCACCUGAACAGAAGAGGCCCCGCGGACCCAUUCAUGAGAAGGAAAAAGUGACGGGAUCGAUCUAUGGGGUAUCAUCAUAAGUGGUAAUUUUCUUGUGCCAUGAUUGUUUUUCUUUUUCUUUCUUCCCCUUUCUUACCUUGUCAGUUACUAUUGUUUUGAUAAUAUUUACGGUUUAGUUCUUGUUCUGUCUGUAGGUAUUUUUCUGGUUGAAUCGGUGUGUGGGUGGUUGCUAAAACGGCGCUUAUGCUUUGUACUUUUCACUUUUUUGAUAUAAAAUUUCUUUUUAUUUUUGCUUUAUUUUUUGCUGGCGCCCUUGCGAGCACAGUGCAGAGGAAAACAGAUAAUUGGGAUGGGAUGUUAUAUAGGUUGCGAGAAUAUACCUUGGUGGAGUAUGAUACAGUUAUGAUGUUUCUGUCCAUCCACCUUAUUUUUUCUUUCCUAUCGUCCCUUGCGCAUUUUCUGGUCAGUUCGGUUCAGUUACCAAAGUGGCUUUCGCAUGGCAUGCGGCAUUGGUUGUGCGGAUAGAGGGUCAGUGAAUCCUUUAUGAACUACUCUUCAUAACUCCUCACUCG